UACAGCGUGAGAGAAAAUCAACUCUCUAUGAUUUAUUACCAUUCAGUACAACCCCUAAUGGAUUUGUUGUAUAGCUCUGUCUGACCAUCCACGUUCACAAAACAGAGCAGACAUGUGGUUUUUCAGGAUGUGGUGGCAUCAGAUGUUGUGUUUGCUGUUUGUCUGGAUUUCAGCAGCAUCAUUUAUCUCCUCCAUCAAGGCCAUCACAGUGUUCGAAGGGACACGUGUUCUUUUCCCAGUGAAUACAACCACUGAACUGAACAUCAGCGAAAUUCAGUGGCGUUUCAGUCCUCAUCACAACAACACCCGAUUGCUGGCCAUGCAGACCAACUCAGGAGGGAAUAAGACAUUCAACAGCAGAUUCCAGAUCACAGGGGACGGGUCCCUGGUAUUAGAAAAUGCUCAAUCUCAGGAUGCGGGAGAUUACAUCUGUGACAUCGUCCUUUUGAAUGGAAUGGUUCAAAAGAAUACAGUGAACCUGCAAGUUCAGCCACACAAUAUCACUCAGGGCCCAGAUGCUAAGGAGGAGGGGAACUCCGUCUGGACAGUCGUCAUCAUCAUAACGUGCUCAGUAGCAGCUGUGGUCCUCCUUCUGGGCAUCUCAGCAGGAAUUAUCUACAGAUGCAGAAAGACUAAUGCAGAUGAAGCAAUUUACACUAACACAGCCUCUAUUAUGAAGAACAAAAGAAGUCAGCUACGCCACGACCCCAUCUAGAGAGCCUUCCAGGGUUGCCGCUGGACUGAAGAUUUGAGAGUAGGUCUGUCACUGCAGGAAGGCUGCUUCUACAAUACUGGUGCUGUUGCUUCAGUCCAUUCCUAAUCCUAAUUCUGAUCAGGGAUGCAGCUGGAGAUGUUCCUGGCUCUAACCAGGAAAGGUUGGACCCUGACAAUGUCAUCAGCCCUAUCAUAUUGUCAUAUCUAUAAUCUUACCCCACUAAAGGAGAAUUCUGGCUUCUUUCACAUAGAUCUCUGCUUCUCAAGGUCGUUGAGUGGUACAAAAAUAAAAAUGAGAAAGAAAAUGAGUAGAGCUACUUGAGUAGCCAGGCAGCUAUACUCUAGCUUGAAUCAGUGAAUCAAUCACACAAUGAGCACAAAACAAACUACAGGGCACUGCUCAGAUAGUGCAAUUAUUCUCUCAGUAAAACUAUUCAGUCAGU